AUGGGAUGUUUGGCAGAGUUUGGCGGAAUUGAUGUUGUAACCUCCAAUGUAGUACAAAGCAAUGCUGAAGUGACUCAAUGGCGGCAGUGGUGGCGUGGUGAUGGUGAAGGUAGUGGCUGUGGAGAUGGUGGUGAUAAUGGUGAUGAUGGUGGUGGUAGUGGCUGCGGAGAUGGUGGUGAUAAUGGUGGCAAUGGUGGUGGUAAUUAUGGCGAUAACGUGGUGAUAGCAGUGGCGAUAGUGGUGGUAGUUGGUGGUGACAGUGGUAGUAGUAAUGGCGGUGGUGGUGGUGGUGAUGGUGGCACGAUGGUAGUGAUGAUAGGGGUGGCAUCGUGGUGGUGGUGGUGGUGA